CUUCUGUUUACUUCUGAGUUUUGUGUGUGCGCGAUCUGUAUACAGUCUCCGUUGUUAAAUAUAUUAUGUUGCCAAUAAUUAGCUGCAAUUGGUAACAACAAAGGUGACUACUUGUUUAUUAACUAUUUGAGAAAAUAAUUAGUGUGACGUUGCUAGCCAGCCAACUGUCUAUUACAUUGACAACGUUUGGCUAACACACUAGUUAACAGUACUGUAAUCAGCUUUACUGGGAAUAGAUAAAAGAACAUCCGAAGAUGCCAAUGGAGCUACGAACCAGAUCUCUCCAAAGAAACAGAUCGCCAGCGAGAAGGUCUACCCGUCACAGACGUGGGUUCCCAGGUUCGGAGGACUCGGAGUCUUUCCAGAAGCAAGUGAGUGACUCCGAUAGCGACAAUGAUAGCCGUUCACCUCAGGUACAAGAGGAAGGCGGAGAGAGUGUCUCGCAGGAAGCCACGGGUUUGAAGGAUUGUGCUGUCGUGUUGAACCGACUCAAUCCCGAAGAUGAAGAAAAAGAAGACCUUAACCGAAAAAGUGGAAAACAGCCUGUCUCAAGAAUCCCCACUUUCCAAAGCACGCUAGCCAAGAAAAAACCCACCGGCGGCAUUGAGCCAACUGCUCCAUCUUUUACCAAGAAAGAGGCUCAGAACCAGAUGAGCCAACUCACUGGAAAAUCUAGCAGCAGUGGAGACAUAUCAAAAUCAAAACUGCCAAAUAUGAGAGAAACUACUCUUAUUCCACCAUCCAUGCUGCAUCCAACUAGCAGCUCAGAUCAAACAAUCCCCUCUGGUGAUGUUCCUACGCCGGCUCUACCAAAAAAACAAUCUCCAUAUCCACUGACAGAGGAGGCUUCAGAAGAGCUUCAUUUCAUGACUGUAGACCCACGUCCAGCCCUCAGGGCAGAAUCGGGGGACUAUGUCCCAGACCUACCCGAUGAGGCCCAAUAUUCUAUGACUCAUUACACAAAUGAGAGAGCUCCCUCCCGAACUGCACCAAAAGGCACAGAGGAAGAUUCUAAGGCACAGGUCAUGUCCAGAGCUGAAAAUAUAGAACAUUUGGAGAUGUCUGAUGCUAACGAGAAGGACCAAACAGAUCCACAUCCUCAUCUAUAUUUAGAUGAGGAUGUGGGGGACUGUGAUGACAUGCCUCCCUGUAAGGUGGAUGGAUCUCUGGACAUUGAAUUUGUGUUGAAGGACUGUGCUUCUGACUCCACCUGCCUUGAUGAGCCUGUCAUUGAGAAGCCCAGUGUGGAGAGCCUCAGUGUGCCUGAGCCGGCUCGUGAGACUCAAAAGCAACCUGUCAACCAUGGGAAUGUUUCUGAAACACCUUGUACAGAUACUACAGGGAUCCUGUCAGCAGCUGGGAAAACAUCCGCAACCAGAAAAGCACAGACAUCUGGCUGCUGGAGUUUUUUACUCUUCUGCCUAUUACCUUCUACUCUGCUUCUUGUUGGUGGGUUGGGUCAGCAUGUGUGGCACUAUGGGCCUCCAUUGUCAGUGUCACACUUAGUGGCUCAGUUGCAGCUCCACUGGUUGGAGGGAUUUUUGAUGUCACAAGAGGUGUGCAGCACAGAUUGUCGUGUCCAUCUGGUUGAGAGCAUCCCUCAGGGUCUCUAUCCAUCAGAAUCCUCCACACUCUUACCAAGCAUCUACAACACCUGGAUUGAUCUGCUAAAGAAGGCAAACCGCUCUGUCGACAUAGCUGCCUUCUAUGUCACUCUUAGAGACACUGACCAAGGUUUCACAGAGCCUACUACCUCACAGGGUAAAGACGUAUUUAAAGAGCUGAUGCAACUUCAGUCCAGAGGGCUGAAACUUCAGAUAGCUGUCAACGGUCCUCAGUCUUCCACUCAAGACGCAUCUGAUUUGGCUGCAACAGGUGCAGAGGUCAGAGAGGUAGAUCUCCAGUCCAUCACAGGAGGGAUCGUCCACACCAAGUUAUGGGUGGUUGAUCAGAAACACCUUUACCUUGGGAGUGCAAACAUGGACUGGCGUUCCCUUACACAGGUGAAGGAAGUUGGAAUAGCUGUGGAGGACUGCAGCUGCCUGGCUCAGGAUGCAUCGCGGAUAUUUGGGAUCUACUGGAGCAUAGGCGCUCAGAAGCAUGGCUUUCUACCUCCCUAUUGGCCUGCUCGCUAUUCUGCCCUGUCUAGCGCCGAGCACCCCCUAACUCUGAAGCUCAAUGGAGUCCCUGCUCAAGUCUAUCUGUCUAGCGCUCCUCCCCAGAUAUCUGCACGGGGGCGCUCAGACGACCUCACCGCCAUUCUGUCUGUCAUCGCAGACGCUCAGAAGUUUGUUUACAUCUCAGUCAUGGAUUUUCUUCCCCUCUCAGAGUUCACAAAGCCCAUCAGGUUCUGGCCUGCAAUUGACUCUGCUAUACGGGCUUCGGCAUGCACCAAGGGAGUCGAGGUAAACUUGCUGGUGAGCUGCUGGGCGCACUCCCGAAGCUCUAUGUUUGUCUUCCUGCAGUCUCUGACUGUCCUCAACACCCCCCCCCUGAAGUGCAACAUCAACGUGAAAGUCUUUGAAGUGCCCUCCACGCCUGAGCAGAAGAAAAUACCAUUUGCCCGUGUUAACCAUGCCAAGUACAUGGUUACAGACAGAGUUGUCUACAUAGGGACUUCAAACUGGUCAGAGAACUACUUUACUCAGACUGCAGGUGUGGGAUUGGUGGUGAACCAUACUGGUUCUGGGAUGAGUGAAGGCCAGAGCACUUUGCAGAGCCAACUGCAAGAGGUUUUCCAAAGGGACUGGACAUCUGAGAAUGCUAGACAUCUGUCAAAUGAGGAUGUCAAGAACUGUGGAAGACGAUGAACAAUAUUAUGCCAGCAAAAACAAACUAUGUUGGCUUUCUCCUAUACUGUAGUUGACAUCGGUAUCGUUGUAAAGUUGCUUUACAUUGUCUCUUCACGUCAUCUUUUAUUUUAUUUUUGGUGCUUUUUUCACAAUUGGUGUUUUACUGUAUACAUGUUUCCAUACAGCUAUUAUGUCAUUUUUUAUACACUUUAUUUUUACAGAUGUAAUUCUUCACCAUUCUUCUUCAGCUUCUUUGACGAUACCUUAUGGCAGGUGUACAAUGUACUUGUGUUUAAAUCUAAUAAACUAUUUCUGUGUUUGAGAAA